GUGCAGGGCCGGCGGACCCCGCUCCGCGGCCCGAACAAAGGGCGAGGCCGGGGGCGCGGCAGGGCGGCGGCGCAGGCACGUCAUGGAGGGGGAGCCCCCGCGGGCGGGCAUAGGCUGCCCCGAUGCCCGGGCUCAUGAGGCGGAGGUCCCGCCGGCGCUGCGGCGCGGGGGCUGCUCCGGUGCUCAGUGUUGUCUGCUUAUGAAACACACACGUAUCCAUUGACAACUCAGUCUUUUUUGAGGCAUCAAAAGGAGGACCUUUCAACUGAAAAUGAAGAGAGAAAACUCACUUGGCAAAACCAUAUGAUUGAAAACGCUGUCUGGCUCUUUGCUGUUGGACACGGUUUGGUCCUUCUGCCCUGUCUGACUGAUGUUGUGGCAGUAGUACAGAUGGACCGCAACAGAGAAGCAGAAAUGGAGUUACGAAGGUCCUCCAGUCCUGGCAAGAUGAACAAGAAUGAUAUUGAUGGAGACAAGGCCAUGUGCCACAGCUGCUGCAUCUGUGGCAAAAGCUUUCCUUUUCAAAGCUCCCUGUCCCAACAUAUGAGGAAGCACACAGGAGAGAAGCCCUAUAAAUGUCCUUACUGUGACCACAGAGCCUCCCAAAAGGGCAACUUGAAGAUACACAUUCGGAGUCACAGAACAGGCACUUUAAGUCAGGGGCACGAGGUAGAGAUGGGAGAGGCCCAGCUCGGAGAGAUGGGAGUCUCGGAAGGCCUUGAUGGGUGCACCAGCCCCACCAAAAGUACAUCUGCUUGCAACAAGAUUGUGAAUGGUGCAACCCAGACAGACAAUGGCAAGAUCUUGUUGAGAAGCAGUAAGAAGGAGGUGGCAGAUUCAACACCAGCAGAAGAUGGUAAACUACCUAUUUACCAGUGCACCUUCUGCAAAAACAAGUUUGAGAGAAAGAAAGAUCUUGAACAGCACAUACACCAAGUACAUAAGCCGUUCAAAUGUAGGCUCUGUAACUACAUGACAUUAAGAGAAGAGACACUGUUAAACCACAUAGAGAAAGACCAUAUUAUAGCUCAGGUUCCAAAUGGGGAAGCUUACACUGAGAACUGCAAGAGUGAACUGAGUGCUGGCGAGUUCCCUUGUGAAGUCUGUGGUCAGGCCUUUAGUCAAACCUGGUUUCUUAAAGCUCACAUGAAAAAACAUAGGGGUUCAUUUGAUCAUGGAUGCCAUAUUUGUGGCAGAAGAUUUAAAGAACCCUGGUUUCUCAAAAACCAUAUGAAAGCUCAUGGCCCAAAGACAGGGAGCAAGAACAAACCAAAAAAUGAUUUGGAGCUUAUAGCCACUAUUAAUGAUGUGAUUCAGGAGGAAACUAUUGUGACUGGCUUGUCUCUGUACGAAGUUUGCACCAAGUGUGGGAAUCUGUUUACAAAUAUGGAAAGCCUAAAAGCACACAAUGCUGUUCACUACAAAGCUCAAAGAAGCAGCAUUGAGGACAAAGCUGAGAGUUUAAUUGAUGGGAGCCUAGAUCCAUCUGUAACAAAGCAGUUUUUCUUACAGUGCCUGAAUCUGAGGCCAUCUGUAGGAACAGAUAGAGUUACAAGAGGGCAGCUUGGAAAAAGGGUAGCUGAGCUGGAUCCAGUCAAUAGCUACCAGGCUUGGCAUUUGGCCACCAAAGGAAAAGUAGCUGAGCCUUCUGAGUACAUAAAGUAUGUGGGGUGGGAUGAAGUCCUAGCUGAUGCUGAUGUAACUUAUGACAAGGAUAAAAGAGAAUACAUUCUUGUUAAUCAGGAAAAGCGCAAGCGAGAUCAGGAUUCACUUAGCUCAUCUAGCAACCCCAAGAAGAAAAGCUGUGCUAGUGGACGUUUGGAGAAAAACAGUGGUGUGCAAUCAGGUGAAAACUGUAUCAUUUCCCAGGGGGACCUGGACUACAGACCCUCCUCAAAGCAAAGCAGGAGAGCAUCCCAAAACAAGUCCACCGAGUGCUUUGAAUGUGGCAAGAUUUUCCGCACCUACCACCAAAUGGUACUCCAUUCACGGGUGCACAGGAAAGAACGCAGGAGCUGCAGUGAGAGUGGGAUGGCUACUCAGCCAGACCGAUAUGGGUCCAGCAGUGAGGAGGGGGACUCUGGGUCUGUCACUGGGCCAAGCACUCCAGGCUCAGCUUCAGCCCCAGAAGAUUCAUUGACCUCUGGAAUGGGUGAGGAGGGUGCUGAGGACAGCUCUGAGGAGGGACUACCUGAACCAUCACUGGGUGGAAAGCCGUACCACUGCAGCCUUUCUCAAGGAGAAACUCCGAUGGUGACAUCUCAGGUGGAUGAGCUUCCUAAACUUGGAAGCAACAAUGCCAGAGAAAGUGAUGCCAAUGAAUCUAAAGCAGAGAUACCAGCUUUGAUAUCUGCACUGGAAAAAGAGGUCAAAGAGCCCUUUCCAGAAUACGAAGAUCAGAGAUGUUCUCCAGGCUUAAAGAUGCCAGCAUUUCGACAAAGCCAAGAGCCUCCUUGCUCCAGCAGCAUUGCUGACCUUCCUUCCGGCAGGGGCCAGACACCUUCAGACAUGGUAAUAGACUUGAAAACCUCAGUGGAAAUGCAGGCUAGUCACUCUAAAGAAAACUUGCCACGUAGAGAGCACCCCUUGGUAGAAAAAGGUGGAGAGGCCCAAGAAAUGGUUCUGCUAGAUUUGAGUGAGAAAUCAACAAGGGAUGAUUUAUGCAAUAAGGGUUUUACCUCAUCAUUGCAGGCUGCUUUGAUUGUCCAUCCAUGUCCUUUCUGCAGUCACAAGACCUAUUACCCUGAAGUCCUGUGGAUGCACAAAAGAAUUUUGCACAAAGUCAGCUGUAACUCAAUGGUUCCUCCAUGGGUUCAACAAAAUGGAUUCAAGAGUAUUAAGAACAACAUGGUUUUCCUAGCAAGAAAUGGACGCACUGGCCCUCCUCCUGUCCUUGGGGGUAAAGAAUGCCACCCUUUGCCCAUUGCCAGAUUUACACGCACUCAAGUGCCAAGUGCGUUGCCAGGAUCCAAAAGCAAUUCUUUCCCAAUUGGGAUGUCUACUAAGCCUGGGAAUAUGCACCAGUCUAAGGACAGCCAUUCAUUUGGCCACUGUGGUCCACGGUCAUCAGGUCUCGAUGGGUACAGGCCGGCCAAACUGAACAAUACCCAAGAGCAGUACAGCAUAGCAGCACAACAGUCUCAGUUAAAGAAUAAAUAUGACAUAAACUCCAAACUUAUGCAAGCAGGAAGCUUUAACAGAGGCCUAACGCCUACCCAAACAGUCAUAACUAGGCCCAACACCCAGCCUGCAAACAGUAAACAAGUGGAAAAGUAUGUGGUUCCCCAAGGAAAUGCUGGUUUUACUCCUUCAGGUAAGCACUGUGCAUCUGACUCCUUGAAGGCCAAAUUCAACCCCCCAUCUCAGUAUCACCCUCUGUGUAAAACUGAGCAGUACAGUAAACAUGAAGAGCCAUCAGUGCCUCAGCAGGAAUCUCAUACAAAGGCUGGAAAUGAGAUGAGGACAUUGGCAAACUGCACAAUAGGAGCAAGAGCAAGUCCACUAAUGCACCCUCAGCUUAGUGCAGCAGGAGCUUCUCCAGGUUUACACUCCAACAAACAAGAACCAGCAUCAGAUGAUCAUGAAAAACGUUUGGACAUUUUAAAUAUCUUUAAGACAUACAUUCCAAAGGACCUUGCUUCAUUGUACCAGACCUGGGGUGCCAACAGCCCCGCACUGGAUCAUGCAGGGGAGAGACCAUUCCAAUGCAGAUAUUGUCCAUACAGUGCCUCUCAGAAAGGGAACCUAAAGACACACGUACAGUGUGUGCACCGGGUACCCUUUGACAACAGCCAGUACCCCGAUCGGCGGUUCCGACAACCUCAGAACACUGAUGUGAACCCUAUGGAAGAACAGCUGGAAAACUUCUCUGCAAGCCAUCAAGUCUCUGGAGCCACCGUGCUAGAAUGAAAACAGUGCUCUGUGCUCUGCUAGAAGGAGGAUGCCUCUGCACUGUUAAUCAUUUUAAAAUAAAUGAAGAUGCUACACAAGAUAUAUAUAAAUUGACGUACUAAUCAGUCCCAUGGUUCCUUAUUUCCUUUAUAAUAAACAGUGGAGUUGGCAAGCACUGUGGCAGCGCAAGGCAUCUAUAUUAAUCAAGAUAAGUUUGAGACACUGGAAAAAUUAAACUUUAUGUGAUUUGGACAGCGUGAAGAAGUUAAGCACUGUAACAAAAACCUCCCUGAUGCUCACAAUGACUAUUUACAACAUUUGAAAAACAGCAGUGGAUUUGGGGGCUGGAGAAGUAUUAAUUAAUGAA